AUGGCGCCUAAGAAAAAGACCCCGGCUAAAUCAAGCACCCCAGGCGUGCCCGUGAAGUCGGUCACGCCGGCGAAGAAGAUCGCGAAGAGCCCGAAGACGACCGUGAGCGAGCCGAAGACGCUCUUCUGUCCCAGAUGCUCGAUGGGUCCGAUGAACAAAGCCGGGCUCGCGAUGCACGAGGCGCGGUGGUGCAAGAAGAAGGACCGCCCGGCGGCUCCCCCGGGUAACUUAGGCGACCUCGCCGACGACGACGACGUGACCAUCGCGGAGCUCAGUCGCAGGCUGAAGAAGGCGAGCAGGCGAGCGAAGAAGGGCGAGCGCGUCAGCGAGGAGAAGACGCUCUUCUGCGACAAGUGCAAGAAGGGACCGAUGAACAAAGCCGGCCUCGCGAUGCACCAGGCGCGUUGGUGCAAGGGGCCGGGCGCGGUCCUCAAGACCCCGAAGGCUGCCGCCGCGAAGCCCGCCGCGGGCGCGAAGACGCCGAAGACGCCCGAGCCGAAGACGCUCACGUGCGCCAAGUGCGGCAAGGGUCCGAUGAACAAAGCCGGGAUGGCCAUGCACCAGGCGCGGUGGUGCAAGCCGAAGUGA